UUGUGGCGUGGUGUCACGAUUUAAAGUUCCUGGAUACCGGAGCUCGUGUUUACCGCUAGAUUUCCGCAGCAACUGGACGGUUCCGCCGGUUUCCUCCACCGAAAGAGGUUCGGCAGUAAAUGCUCAGUGGCGGGUCGCGCAGACAAAGGAAGAGCCGCGGGCCGUGUGUGGGCUGUGGAGAGCUCGAGCAUCGAGGCGUAAACACGGCACGGAGCCUCACUGUUAAACGUCUGAUCUGGGAAUAAAACGCUUUUAUAAGCCAUGUCUGACCAAAAGGACGGGAAGGGGGCAGCGAACGGGGACGCCGUGGACGCCAGACAGGCAGACGCACCAGAUGCUGGUAAGGCCGAGGCUGGAGCAGGGGAGCCCAUGCAGGUGGAUGCCAAAGGUCACUCAUAUAGCUUCAGAUACAGCCUGAACUACCCCUGCAUCGGCCACUGCAUCAUCAUCAACAACAAGAACUUCCACGGGAGUACUGGCAUGAACCAGCGCAACGGUACGGAUGUCGAUGCAGGAAACGCCAUGAAAACGUUUGGAAAGCUGGGAUACAAAGUGAAGGUGUUCAACGAUCAGACAGUGGCGCAGAUCACGCAAGUUUUAAGUGCAGUUGCCCGGGGAGAACACAGCCGCUGUGCCUCGUUUGUGUGCGUGUUGCUGAGUCAUGGAGAUGAGGGAGUGUUGUUCGGGACAGAUAAAGCGGUGCAGCUGAAAGCCCUAACCAGCCUGUUCAGAGGAGACCGCUGCCCCUCACUAGCGGGCAAACCCAAACUCUUCUUCAUACAGGCCUGCAGGGGCACUGACCUGGACGCGGGUAUUGAAAUGGACAGUAACUCGGAUGGUUCACCUGUGAAAAUCCCAGUGGAGGCUGAUUUCCUCUAUGCCUACUCUACAGCGCCAGGUUAUUAUUCUUGGAGGAACACCAUGACCGGCUCUUGGUUCAUCCAGUCUCUCUGUGAGAUGAUCAACAGGUACGGCAGAGAGCUGGAGAUCCUGCACAUCAUGACCAGGGUCAACCACAAGGUGGCGCUAGACUUCGAGUCCACCUCCAACUCGCCGGGCUUCGACGCCAAGAAACAGAUUCCCUGCAUUGUGUCCAUGCUGACCAAAGAGAUGUACUUCACUUCUUGAGGGGAUGCAAGCCAGACCUACUUUUCUAGAAAUGUGUCGUUGCGGAUAAAGCCACAGUCAGGGAAUUCAGGUCAACAAACAGGCAGCCACAUUAGCCACUGGAUGAAGGGAAAGGGAAUACGUUCAUGACAAUUAAAACACAAGAGCCAGUAGCCAACACCGUCACAUAAAACACCAUUUAAAGGCUCCUAGUAGGUGCUCAUUAUUUUUGAAAACCAAAAACAUUAGGAAAGCCCUUGUAUUUAGCCUUGCAGUGUAGCGAUGAGCAUUUCGGUCUAAUUUGAUACUUGAAUUCGUAAGGCAUUUUUAAAAAGUAUCAAAAUACACCCCCAUCGGCAAUAAAAGGAAAUAGUUCCAGAUGUUACAGGCCGGAUGUGUCGUUAACAGAAUCGCAGCGUCCA